AUGCCACCUUCUAUUACGGUUACUGUUUCAUCGCGUGCGCGAGAAUUUUCUGAAGAUUUUUUCGCGGAUAAUGGAAAACUUAUGUGUCGUUUUUGUGAUCAUAGUAUUAAUUUUCAAACAAAAAAUACAAUUACUUCUCAUAUAGGUUCUAAAACACACCUUC